UAUCGUGGUACCACAGGGGGCAGUAGGAGGCAGGUUAUAAAUGUACGUGAGUUGAUAUUCUACAGCGUGUGUGCAACGUGUUGGAGUGAGAGGAAGACGGACCGUGACAGCUCAGAAAGGAAUGAGCAGUGAGAAGAACUCCUCACAUCAUGGAGAUAAUUGUCCGCAUUCCUAGUGCUUGCAGGGAGACGUGCGUAAAAUACGCGCAGCUUUUUACGCAUCGUGGAAAGGACGACGUCACACAAAUUAGACUCUAAAUGAAUCUGUCUUACUUUCACGUGUGUAUGUGAAACUUUUCUUUAAUCGGACUGAAUUAGAAAAAGACGCCGAUCGUGAGAGAGGUAAAAUGGACCCAAUAUUUGACGACGCUGACGAAGUCAACUUGACCAGCAGUGCCAACAACACGAACAACGGGACCGUGUACUGGAAUCAAUUUGUGCAGCCGCCCUGGAGAAUAUUCCUGUGGGCUAUCGCCUACUGUUGUAUAGUGAUCGUGUCCGUUGUUGGCAAUGUGACGGUGAUUUGGAUCAUUAUGGCGCACAAACGCAUGAGGACGGUCACCAAUUAUUUCCUGCUCAAUUUGGCGUUCGCCGAAGCCUCGAUGUCGGCUUUCAACACGGUUAUCAACUUCAUCUACGCAGUGCACAACGAUUGGUACUUUGGAUUGGUCUACUGCCGCUUCCACAACUUCUUUCCAAUAGCGGCCGUGUUUGCCAGCAUUUACUCCAUGACUGCCAUCGCCCUGGACAGGUACGUGGCCAUCAUCCACCCAUUGCAGCAGCGCAUGUCAUCCACAGAGACCAAGGUAGUGGUAGGAGUGAUCUGGGUCCUGGCUCUGCUUUUGGCGUUUCCUCAGUACUACUACUCCAACAUAGACCAGCUCCCCGGCCGUGUGGUGUGCUACAUUGACUGGCCCGAAUACACAAUAUGUGACUUUGAUAAAAUGUAUUAUGUGUGCGUGGCCAUCCUGAUCUACUUCCUUCCUUUGUUGGUGAUGGGUUGUGCUUAUCUGGUGGUGGGACUAACUCUCUGGGCCAGUGAAAUCCCAGGAGACUCUUCCGAUCGCUACAAGGAGCAGCUGACAGCGAAACGCAAGGUGGUGAAAAUGAUGAUUGUGGUGGUGUGUACCUUUGCCAUUUGCUGGCUUCCCUACCAUGUCUACUUCCUGCUGUACCAGUUUUUUCCUGAUCUGUUUGAGGAAACAUAUAUCCAGCAGGUCUAUUUGGGCAUCAUGUGGUUGGCCAUGAGUUCCACCAUGUACAACCCAAUCAUCUACUGCUGUCUGAAUGACAGGUUCCGUGCAGGUUUCAAACAAGCUUUCCGCUGCUGCCCAUGUGUCUCUCAAAGCUCAUAUGAAGGUCUGGAACUCAAGUCUACUCGCUACUUUCAAACUCAGACCAGCAUGUACAAGGCAAGCCGGAUGGAGUCUACAUUGUCAACUGUAGCCCAGGUGGGGGAUGAAAUGGAACAGUCCAAGGCCAAAGCUAAAGUCGGUCCUGGGCCCAUUGGGGCCGGUGUCAUGGCAGGACCACAAAGCUGUUCAGUGGACCUCACUUCAAAUGGUUCUUCGUCCCACAGCGUCUCCAAAACCAUGUCUGAAGCAUCUAGUUUCUUCUCGCAUAACAAUCUGCAAGAACAGACUUUAAAUUCAAGCAGCUUCCUUUCAGAUAGCCAGGAGAGAAUGUGAGUGAAGAGCCGGCAAAACUUAUGUUGAAUGUGCAAGUUACUGUGAACAAUAGGUUUUAAAACCAGUGUCAUCACUGGUAAUUGUUGUUUGCUGGACUCGAGAAUUCUCAUGUAAGGAACUUGUGUUACAUGCUGUUAGUGUUCUUUUCAGCGCCAAAAAGGAAUGAUGAGCAUAACAAUGCAUUCCACUUCAAAGCUGUGGACUUAAGCAGAUGCAGUGCCUCGAUUUUUCACAGCUUCUGCUUGUCACGCCAGCCCUCUCGCAUUGAGAAGGAAAGGUUCCCACAUUCAUGAUCCCACUAGUUUCUUGACUUCACAUAGUCUAUUUUGGCAGUAAAAUAGGAGAACGUCACGCUGGAAAUUCACAAAGCAAAUCAACAAAGCUGUAGGAAUCCGGGUUCUUUGAGUGAAGAAAGUGCAAUUUUUCAUUCCAGCUCACUGAUCAGAUUGCGAUUGUCCCCAAGCAGGAUUUUCUAUUUUCUCGCAUCAAAAUGAGCACUUGUCUUUAGGCUCAAGGGAACUCCAACAGCCACUACUGAAUGUUCUGCCAAUUACCUGCCUCACUGUCAUGAGUCAUCUUUCACCAUUUUAAACAUCGACUUGGAACAGCUGUUCCUAUCCAUCUCUGCAUUAUAGAUGAUCCUUAGACUGCGAAUGGGCCAAGGCGAACCCUGAGCAGAAAGAACAAACACAAAACAAGAGUGUUAGUGUUGAAAAUGUGCAGCACCGGAGGGAAGCUCAAACAUCGAUAUCAUACUGAAAGCCAGUUGAACUUUCCUACUAUUGAUACAGAAAUAAUUUCUUUCCCCUUACAUGCCCUUGCAACUGCAACUUUUUCGAACACAUCGGAAUAUCCAAGACCACUUUGAACUCAACAUUUCCCAGCUCUAUACUGGGUACCUGUCCACUUUUAUUGCACUAGACCUGUGCUAAUGAAAAGUGUUGAUGUUUUAGAGCGUAGUAUAACCUGGAGAAAAAUGGUACAAAAUGCUUCAAAUCAAGAGUCCAUUAUGUGAAAAAAUAGACCAUGAUCAGCAA